AUGUCCCAGGAGGCCCGUAACACCGAGCGUCACGCCAAUGGUUGGGGUGACACAAAGCUGAGAGAUCACAGAGUCAUCUUCGUCAGUGCGGGCAACUUGACCCGUCAAGAGCCUGAAUUGGCUAACGACACGGAACAAAACCUUGUGGAAAACGAAGCCGUCAAAGACUCUCCAGAAACUCGACAAGACACUCUGCCCGACCUGGAAGAUACCUUAGAAAUCACCGAACACCUUGGAAAGGCAGCGCUUUCGGACCCGGUCAGGCAGGAAGUCGAUAAAAAAUCCCAGAAGCAGCCUGUCUCUGAGUCUAAGAAGCGCAGGGAGUCAUCGUCAUCAGAGUCCUCAGAAGAAAUCAUAUUUGCUGGUCGUCUGAAAUCCAACUUGACCCCCAAUAUUCCCUCAUCACCAUCUUCCGUGCCCAGCCGUUCCCCUCUACGGAACCCAGAGUCUACAGUUACCGCUGCUCAACCAGCUAGCCAUCCAUUGGCGCAGGUUUUUGCACCGCCAAACCCGGUAGCAAUACAGCUGAGACGAACAGUGGACAGACGAGGCAGAUCACUCAUUCGAAACUCUAUCUCAAAUGACGAAGAGGCCAUCAUGGAGGACUAUAUUGCAAAUAUGGCCAUCGAUGAUGAUGAUGAUGAUGAUGAUGAUGAGGACGAAAUUCAGCCAGGCCCUGCCGGCAGGACCAACGAGCAUUACAGAUUCUAUGAUAGCUCAGCAGAGGCGAAUAUGAAAGUUCAAACAAUGAACCUCGGACCAAAUCCCCGUCCCUCUCGCCGUAUCGACCAGGCCAUCGACUGGGAUUCAUCUGAUCUUGACGACUUUGAUGAUUUGAGCACCACUGAUGAUGAGGUCAAUGAAGUCUCUCAAGUUCUUCGUCACAGAACACGUCCGGCUGGCUCCCAAUACCUUGUGACCGCGGUAGGCCACGGCGCAAGCGAUGCGAAGUGGGUGCUAAGGCAGAAGCUGACAUCCCACUCAGCUCUCGCUGAGAUCCGUAUUUAUGAAGAGAUCCGUGCUAUGAAAGUGCAAGAAACCAGUGGCGAUACCGAUUUGGACGACGAUGAUAGUGUCGGCGACGUCCUUGAUGAUCUGAUUGAUGAUGUUGAAUCCGAGGACGAUGAAAACAACCGCAUCAUGAAGCAUACCGCUCGCAUGACAGAUGAGCAAAUCGCUCGUGCUCUGGCUAAGCAGGAAGAGCUGGGUAUGGGUGGAGAUGAAAUCCUGCUAUUUAAUGGGCAGGUCGAUGGUGGUGGUGGUGAUGACGAAGAUGAGGACGACGAUGACGAGCUCGCAAGCGCCGCUGACUUCAUACCAUUCUCUUUAAAGAAACAUAUUUCGAACCGGGCCAAAUCUAAGCGCAAUAGACGAGGGCGAGACACCUUCCCCCCUGCUGAAGCAUUCGCCGAUGCUUUGGAGCAAGACCCUUAUGGAGCGUUCGAUAUUAUGGACUUCGACCGACCCAGUCUCCGGCCUAAGAAGAAGGGGCGCAAGGCCGAUCUUCCAUUCGAACUUGGCACAGAUGACCCGGAUUUGGAAGCACAACUUCGAAACUCCUGGAACAAGGACCGUGAGAAGAAGGCGUCUAGGAAGCGCGAGAAGAUAGCAGAACGGGAAGGACUUUUGCUCGAGUCUGCAGAACGCAGCAGCCCCGCUGCCAUCAAGGCUGAGAUCAGACAGUUUCUGAUACAGGAAGGUGACACCUUGAGGCUUGCUCCCAUGGACUCUGCCUUGCGAGCUUCCGUGCAUCGGCUGGCCAAGGCACUCAAACUACACUCUCGGUCGGAGGGCAAAGAAGGUCAAGGUGCAGGGCGAUUCCCGGUGUUGACCAAAUCCCCCAACACCCCAGUCUAUACCAUCCACACUGUUUGGGAGAUAGAUGCCUUGCUGAACACAAGAAAGUUCUUUCCGAGGCAUGGUGGCGGCUCUUACAGAGGACCCAACGCACCUCGCACUCCUGCCGUGAGAGAACGGAGAGGGGGUGGGGGUGUGAUGUCUGGUGCGACCUACAUGAAUGGUGAGGUCGUCGGUGCAUCUGCUCCAGAAAUCGGCUCGGAUAACAAAGGUCGGGCAAUGUUAGAGAAAAUGGGUUGGUCGAGUGGCAUGGGCAUCGGUGCUGUUGGUAACAAAGGAGGUAUUGACGUUAUCAAGCAUAUUGUAAAGACGACCAAAGCUGGUCUCGGUUGA